CAAAUGAUACAUUUCAUCACGAUAAAAAUCGUGACUAAGCAUUAACCACAGAAAUCCCAUGACUAGAAGGUCAAAUAGCAACAAGAUUUCUCAUGACGAUUUUCUUAAGACCGUCAAAAGUUAUGUGAAAUCACAAAAUGGUUAAUUUGAGGCAACAAAUGAUCUUACUUGGAGACAAAAAGUAGGACAUACCACUUUUGAUUGUUUGCAGUUUCGAGGAUCUCGAAAAGUUAUGCAAAAUCAGAAAAUAAUUCACGUUUAUCUUAUAAUCGAGCACAAAGUUAAUAUCGUUUGAUAUUUUUUUUCGUAUAUAACAAAUUGAUGAGGUGUCAAUCAAUCUAUCUCCAAUCGAUUUUGUUUGAAAUGAUAUGUCUCAAUGUAGUUGGGAAUUUCUUAGAAAAUUAUUAUAUUCUGAGAAUUUUUAUAGUAACGUGCAUACUUUUGGGGAAAAUCCCAAAAUCUGACCUGAAAAUUGUGCUCUCUAAUCAGUAGUCACAAUAUCAGGUCUUCAGUCGGACAGCUUUAUUCGGAUGCAACUACUUCCAAGACGCAGAGGAGACCACGCCAUUUCUUUCCCAGGGCAAAAGAAACGUAACACCGUUCUUCCAUCGGGCCAAGAAAAUUGGUUGCCGCCGAUCAGAUGGCGACGACGGCUCUCCGGCGGUAUGGUUCCCAACUGAAGAAAAUGUGGGAAAUAGCGGGUCCGGCCAUGAUCACCGAAAUAUCUCAGUUCUCCAUCGCCCUCGUCACUUCAGCUUUCGUCGGCCACAUCGGACCUCUGCAGCUCGCCGCCGCUUCCAUCGUCCUCAACGUCCUCGAAGAGUUUGCCCUCGGAUUCAUGUUGGGAAUUGGGAGCGCAUCGGAGACUCUAUCGGGGCAAGCAGUGGGAGCGGAAAAGCUGUACAUGCUGGGAAUCUACAUGCAAAGGUCAUGGCUGCUCUCAAUCGCCACAGCUCUGCUUCUAACUCCAAUCUACGUCCUGGCGUCCCCAAUUUUCCACACCCUACUUGGGCAGGAGAAGCAGAUUUCGGAGCUCGCUGGGAGGUUCGCUGUAUGGAUGGUGCCGCAGCUGUUCUUCUUUGCCCUGAAUUUCCCAAUGCAGAAGUUUCUGCAGGCGCAGAGCAGGGUUUGGGUUUUGGCUGGGAUUUCUAGCGCAGUACUUUCUGUUCAUGUCUUGUUGAAUUGGGUGUUUGUGUCGAAGCUCGGGUAUGGGAUUAUAGGUGCAGCUGUUGUUGGUGAUGUCUCCUGGUUCUUGUUGGUUGCGGCACAAGUUGUGUACAUGGUGUGGAGCAGUUUCGAUUCCUGGACCGGUUUCUCGACCAAGGCGUUCUCUUCUUUCCCGGCUUUCGCCAAGCUUUCUCUAGCUUCCGCUGUGCUAUCAUGCUUGGAGAUAUGGUACCCAACGAUGGUGAUUCUGAUGGUGGGAUGGUUAGAGAACCCUGAAAUUGCAGUUGCUGCCUCUUCCAUCUGCUUGAACUUUCAAUACUGGGCAUGGAUCAUUGCUGCAGGAUUCAAUGCUGCUGUCAGCGUCCGAGUGUCUAAUGAACUGGGAGCUGGAAACCACGAAGCGGCUAAAUUGUCAAUCGCAGUGACGAUCUGCACAUCUACAGUGGUCGGAGUAACAUUCUCGACAGUGGUGUUGGCCUCGAAGAACGAAUUCCCCAAGCUCUUCUCUUCAGAUUCUGAUGUCAUCAGAGAAGCAGGAAACUUGGCCUACUUCUCGGCGGCUGUGAUCUUCCUCGACAUUAUCAUGCCUGUACUCCAUGGCGUGGCAGUUGGCGCAGGGUGGCAAAGCCAGGUUGCAGUGGUUAACAUCGUGUGUUACUACGUCGUGGGGCUUCCGUUGGCAGCCAUGCUCGGGUACACAUUCGAGUUCGGAGUAAAGGGUAUAUGGUCAGGGAUGGUGGUUGGAUGUGUGCUUCAGAUGGCUUUCUUACUGUUCGUGAUCCACACAACAAACUGGGAAACUGAAGCAUCGAAGAGCGAGGCGCGAAUGAAGGACUGGGGUGAGAUUUCUGAGACUCAACCGAUUGUUGGUGAUACAGAGGAAAAUGAAUUGGAGGAGAGCAGCUUUGAAGGAAGACAGAGUUAAAACUUGGAGAAUAGAAUAAUUUUUUUGGUUAAUUCUUGUACAGGGGGCCGAUCCAAGUAUCCAACCGAUGCAGUAGUCUUUUAGGGGUUUUUUUUUUUUUAAAUAUUUUCUCCAAUAUAUUAGUGUCUCUUGAGAAGUGCAAGUAAGUAAUUUGGUCGGAUUAACAUUGGACAAAUUGAGAAAUAAGAUAUUGAUCAAAUUGCAACGGGUUGGGUUCAGAUAUUCUCCAAGAUAUUGAUAGUCUCAUAUUUGAAUUUCUUAACUGAGACCUAAUAAUAAAAAUAAAUAUAUGCCGCCCUUAUAAAAAAAAGUGUCUUAAGUUAAUCUUGACCCUUAGAUUAAUCUAGUGGAUUUAAUAGGUUGUUAAGUGGUUAAGGAUCCAUUAAAAAAAAAAAAAGUGGUUUAGGAUCAAGGUUGUCAAACCGGUUUAUGCCAGUGUGCUGGUUUAGCAAGUGGAAUGGUUCGACCGGUGAUACAUACCGGUUUGUGCCGGUUCAUGCCGGUUAAUAUUACAAAUAAUUUAAAAAUACUCAUAUUUAAACACGACAUUUAACGUCAAUACCUAAAUAUUUGUACUUGGAUCCAACAAAUAACAUCAACAUUUAACUUUUUAACACAUAAAAUAACUAAUAAAUUAUUUUUUAUCAAUUAAAUUCACUAAGAUAAGGUCAUUUUACUUGGAGAUUCGUAUAUCGAUCAUACCGGUCAUACCAGUGGUGUCAUGUCGGUUUUAUGACCGGUACAGGCUGAACUAGGUUCAACCAGUAGCACGCCGGCCAGCGGCCGGCAUGACAACCAUGUUAAGGAUAAUUAGGAAAUUGAAUUUAUGUUUUAGAUUAAUAAUGGGGGUGAAUAAAUUUAAUUGGUAGGAAUUAAUGGAUCGGGUAUUAGUGACCGGAAUUUUUACUGUAAACAAUUAAUAGGCAAAUAUUAAACAAUUAAAUAUUAAUAUAUUUAAUGAAAUGAUUAUCAACCUGUCAUCCUUAUACGUUGCUAGUUUUAAUGUUGCUAGGCAAAUAUUAACGAUUAAGAAAUUAUAAGUGAAUUU